AUGCAGAGUGAAUUUGGGGAGGUUUACAAGGGCCGUUUGAAGCUGCCUGGUAAGAGGGAGAUCUAUGUAGCCAUCAAGACUCUGAAGGCAGGCUACGUGGAUAAGCAGAGGCGAGACUUCCUGGCUGAAGCUUCAAUCAUGGGCCAGUUCGAUCAUCCCAACAUCAUCCGUCUGGAGGGUGUAGUCACAAAGAGCCGACCGGUCAUGAUAGUCACAGAGUUUAUGGAGAAUGGUGCCCUUGACUCAUUCCUCAGGCAAAAUGAUGGUCAGUUCACCGUGAUCCAGUUGGUAGGGAUGAUGCGUGGGAUCUCAGCUGGGAUGAAAUAUCUCUCCGAAAUGAACUACGUUCACCGUGACCUGGCUGCACGAAACAUUCUGGUCAACAGCAACCUGGUGUGUAAAGUGUCUGACUUCGGCCUGUCUCGCUACCUACAGGACGACACUUCUGAUCCCAGCUACACCAGUUCACUGGGUGGGAAGAUCCCAGUGAGGUGGACAGCACCAGAGGCCAUCGCUUACAGAAAGUUCACCUCAGCCAGUGACGUGUGGAGCUACGGCAUCGUCAUGUGGGAAGUGAUGUCAUUUGGAGAAAGGCCUUACUGGGACAUGUCCAAUCAGGACGUGAUUAACGCAAUUGAACAGGACUACCGUCUUCCACCCCCUAUGGACUGCCCCAGUGCUCUGCACCAGUUGAUGCUGGACUGUUGGCAGAAGGACCGUAACGUAAGACCCCGCUUCGCCGACAUCGUCAGCACCCUGGACAAGAUGAUCCGUAACCCCACCAGCCUCAAAGCUGUAGCCAACAUCCCUGCAGUGCCUUCGCAGCCACUGCUGGACAGAUCCAUACCUGACUUCAACACCUUCAGCUCAGUAGAGGACUGGCUCGGUGCCAUUAAGAUGAGCCAGUACAGAGACAACUUCCUCAACUCAGGCUUUACCUCCCUGCAGCUGGUGGCUCAAAUGACCUCAGAGGACUUGCUGAGAAUAGGAGUGACCCUGGCAGGCCAUCAGAAGAAGAUCCUCAGUAAUAUCCAGAUCAUGAGGGUGCAGAUGAGCCAGUUACCCACGACUAUGGCAUGACUACAGGGGGCGCUGUGCCAUGGAGCGGGCAGCAUUCGUAGGACCAACAGCAAUGGCAGCCCUCGAAUGACCCCCGAUCCAUCGGAACGCGCCAGAGUCGAGACUAUUGUCUUAAUCUAAUCCACUAACGUGACAACAGGAGACCAGGGUCCUCACCACCACAUGGUUAACAGCUAUCACCCUUCAUGUAAUCCACACCAGGAGUUCAGGGUCAAGACUUGUAACUGUUUCUCCAUUUAUCGAUGAAUGGAAGACAGAUAUCAGUUGCUGCGGUUAUGGACUGCCAUGCAUAUCAUUGUAAACCAAAAUAACUCCAACAACCCGACAUCGCCACGUGGAAUCUCUCACAAUUUCAGACCAUAUGGUAAAAUGAGUGAUAUUGUACUUCUAUAUUAUCUGGACUAGAAGAUGUUCAAAUUGUAAACAGAAGUGUGAGCCAUUUAGAAACAACGUGUGAACUGUGAUUUUACCGUCGUCAAUGUAUUCAAUGAAGAUGCCUUGACCUGGCCAGAAACCAGUCCAAGAAGAAAAAGCAAUUACCAGUAUGAAUAAUUAGAGGGAGAAGGAUACAGGGAUGUACAGUGGAGCGCCGUUUCCAACUUUCACAUCAUCCUUUGCUCGUUUGAGGAAUUUGAAAAUGGUAUCGUAAAUGGACUGGUGAACAUUAAGAGCCAGUUACAUUUUUGUCUUUUACCAUCUGUUUGAUCGUUUUAGUUUUUUUUUAUCACUAUAGCAAGAUGCCGCUCACUCGUAUUUUAACUUUAACACUACCUGUGGAGUCCUGGGUGGAAGGCCUGCCAAAGGACUUCUUAACCAGCCCCACCCAGAUUCAGAGAAUAUAAAUAUGUUUAUCUCUUGCUAAAUAUGAUUAUAUCUUUCAUAAUAAACCUUCAUAUUGAAGGUGAUAUGUAUGAAUAUGUAUGUACAGAUCUCUCUGCUUGCAUUUUUGGCAAAGAUAUGCUUGUUGACUAGAUUGUGAUAGACACAUGCAAUGUGUAGAUUCCCUACGGUGCCCUGGUUCCUUUACGAUGACCGAACAACAGACACUGGCUUGUACGGCCAUCUGGACCCAAUCUUAGCCUGAAGAAAAACACUAAAGGAACUGUGGGCAAAUCAUUGGUAUUGUAGAUCAAUAUGAAAAAUUCUGUAGGAUUUAAAAUAAUUUACAAAAUAUCCAUUUAUUGGAGAUCAUGUUUAAUGUGGGUGUACACAUGCUGUCUCUUGCUGGUGAGCACUUACUUGUACAGAUAUGUUUUAUGUUUUUAUUUCUUUUUGUUCUGUUGUUGAUGUUUGUGUUGGGAGUGUUCAGCCCCAUCCAGAGGGGAGGGGAAACCAAACCCACGCCUUGGCCGACUCAGAUCCAUGGUAAAUACCCACUAAUCACACAGAAAAAAACACUUCUUAACAUCAAAUUGCUCUGUUUCUGGUAGAUUUUAUUUCAGGCAAAUCCAGUUAGUCCUUCUCAUGGGUGCUGCAGAUAUCUUGGUGAAGGCAACAUUCCCUGCAACAUUGAAAUGCAUAAGAGAGUAGCUAAUCAUAGAACUGGAAAUUGGAGUGAAAGAGCAUCACUUCUCUUCACAGUGAAAUGAACAUCUGGGCUGAGGUUUGCCAACAGACGCCUGAUGCCAUUCCUGUGAGCCCACACGGGCACACUGCUCACAGUUUAGCAAAGCCUCCCAUACACUGCUGCAAGUACGCUGCUGAGUAAAUCUAUGCAUUCUCACUAUUUGCUGCUGCCAUAUGGGUAGGCAGGUUGAGCACAAACGCUGUUGUGCCACAGAGAGUUUCAUAUAUCUCUCCAUAAGUCUUGGCUGCAGGAACUGGUGUAUGAAAAAUCACUCUUUGGUAGUAUCUGAUUGCAAGAUGUCUACAUUGUUCCCAGGGGAUGAGGGAUGGCUGUCUUUGGAAUUACACGGCAGUAUUUUUGGAAUAUAUUUUCAGCAUAGCUCUGGGUAGUGCACAAGGAUGAUUUCUCUUUUUUAAGGCUGUUGAUGGUCUUUUAUGAUUGCAGUGGGAUUGGUCGGUGCAAUGAGACGGUGUCAGGAAACCUUGGUGAUGAGUAGUAGAGGUUUGUUUCCCUUGAGGCUUGCUUGCUUCAGGCUUUGGGGAGUUUUUGCCAUGUUUUAUAAAUCAAGUGUUAGCAAUAACAACACUUGCCUUUAGUAGUGAAAGCAAACUGACCUGAAGGUUCCUGUGGUAAUAUUCCUUUGACAUCCAGCCAUGGCAGACAAUUAUCAUGAGAUAUUGUAGUGUCACUUAUCUGCAUUAGCUGAGACCCUGCUGAAAUCCCUUUUGGCCCUAUUUGAAGAGACAUGAAUGAAUAUGGUUCUAACCACCUUGGUCCCAAAAUUAGAAAUUGAUGGCAGGCCCAUUAGCAGAUUAUUAAGUAUACUCACCACCCUCGAGUCAUCUUCCUCCUCCUCCUUCUCCCUCUGUCUGUCCUGCCCUCUCUGCCUGUCUACACCCCCUAGCUGGCACAACUCCAGCUUGUUAUCCUGGGUGUAAUCAUGCUGUCCUGGGCCAGGAUGGGCAGGACUGGGCCAUGACUGCUCUGUCCUGGGAAAUGGUUAGCUCCAUGCUCCAGUGGGCCCAGGCAGGGGUGCAAACACCUGCUGAGACCCCCUUCUGAAAGGCAUCUGAUCAGCCAGCUGGGAGGAAGACUGAUGGGAACAACAAAAAAUAAACACACACACACACACACACACACACACACACACACACACACACACACACACA